GUUGCAGUGAGUGUCACCCUGGGUCUGUAGUCUUGCUAAAGGACACACAAUGCCUUUUUAAAACCACUUCAUAUCUUGGCUUCGCUCGGCUGAAAAUCGAUGGAAGUCACGCCGCGGGGAGUGUGGCGGUCGUUGCCGAGAUAGGAAGCCCAAACUCGGCUAAUAGGAGCGAUGGGGGCGACGUUGUGGCUCGGGAUGCUGCUGCUGCUGGUGCUCUGCAACGCUGUGCUGCGUUCAGCAGGUUGCGGUGAUCAGGUGGAGGUCCACAUGGAGCGGAGGGGCGUGAUCUUCAGCCCCUCCUGGCCUUUAAACUACCCCGCUGGACUCAACUGCAGCUGGAACAUCCAGGCGGGCCACGGAGAGAUCAUUACCAUGAGUUUUCGGGUGUUCGACGUUGGCGAACUGGAGAGCUGCGAGUCCGGCGAUUGGCUGCUGAUGACGUCUUCCGGGUGGGGCAGCGGAGCUCCGCACUCGCAGCGUCUGUGCGGCUCCGCACGGCCGCCGCCCUUCAUCACUAGCACCGGGGGCGCUUGGCUUUACUUCCAUUCGAAAGUCAACAGCUCGGGACAAGCUCAAGGCUUCCACAUGUCCUACAUCAAAGGUCACUUCGGUCAGAGCAGCUGUCAGCCGGAUGAGUUUCUGUGCGGUAACGGCAAAUGCGUGCCGCACUCUUGGAAGUGUAAUGAUCAGGACGAGUGCGGCGACGCUACUGAUGAGCGGGGCUGUUCGCCACCGCCCAGUGCCGCCCCCCUGGGCCCGUGCCCCCGCGGGACACUCCCCUGCGCCGCCGGGCGGUCCAUCCGCUGCCUGGCCACCGCUCUGCGCUGUGACCGCUUCCGGGACUGCCCAGACGGCAGCGAUGAGCUCGGCUGCCCAGACACGUCCUGCGGGAAACGUCUGGGCCACUUCUACGGCUCCUUUGCGUCACCCGAUUUCUUCCGCCCCGCUCUGGGGGCGGCGGUUGAGCUGCGGUGCUCGUGGGUGGUGGACACGCGGGACCCCAAACCCAUCCUCCUGCGGCUGGACCUCCGGCUUGGGCCCGGGGACGCGCUGCACGUGUACGACGGCGCCGUCCACCGGGCCGAAAACCUCCUGCAGGUGCUGUCCUACCACAACAACCGUCGGCCCACCUUGCUGGAGUCCAGCCGGGGACAGAUGAGCGUCCUCUACACGGCAAAACCGCGAAGUCCUGGACACGGGUUCAAUGCCACCUACCAGGUGAAAGGCUACUGCUUUCCGGGCGAGCGCCCUUGCGGCAACGAGCAGGGUUGCUACUCAGAACGCCAGCGCUGCGAUGGAUACUGGCACUGCCCGUCCGGUCGGGAUGAGGCAUCUUGCCCGGCGUGUCCCGAGGGCGAGUUCCCAUGCGGCGGGGACACAGUGGGCCCCUGCUACCCGCCGUCAGAACGCUGCAACAACCAAAAGAGGUGCCCGGACGGUUCUGACGAGAACAACUGCUACGACUGCCAGCCGGGCAACUUCCAUUGCGGCGACAACCUUUGCAUUUUCGAGACGUGGCGCUGUGACGGCCAGGAGGACUGUCCGGACGGCAGCGACGAGCGUAACUGCCCCACCGCGGUGCCGCGCAAAGUGAUCACGGCGGCGCUGAUCGGCAGCCUGGUGUGCGGCCUCCUGUUGGUGGUGGCGCUCGGCUGCGCCCUCAAGCUGCACGCCCUGCGCGGCCGCGACUACAGAGCCUUCGAGACGCAGAUGUCGCGCAUGGAAGCCGAGUUUGUACAGAGGGAGGCGCCGCCGUCCUACGGGCAGCUCAUAGCGCAGGGACUCAUUCCACCUGUGGAGGACUUCCCCGCCUACAAUCCCACACAGGCCUCCGUGUUGCAGAACCUUCGCUUAGCCAUGAGUCGACAACUCAGGCGUCACACAAGCCGCCGCUCUUCCACUUCCUCGUCGUCAUCGCGGCGUCGCUUCGGGCACCUUUGCCGUCGCCUGUUCCGUCGUGGAGCCCGCCCCAGAGGCCACGUCCCACUUCUGGACCCACCAGCCGGCACCCACGUCAACCUCGGGCUCCACUGCUAUCGAACAGCUGGGGGUGACGUAGACGCUCAGCCUUCCCAAGGCCACUCAGAGGGCGCCGACCCACUGGAGAACGUGUCUGAGAGCCCCGCUUCUCCUUUAUCCUACCAAUCAGGUGACAGCCCAGAGGGGGCGGCGCUCUCUCCGGAUGCGCCCGGUCCAAGUGAUGCGUCUGCACCGCCCCUUCUGACUGGUCCCUCCCACCCUCGAUCCUCUCGAAAACUGAUUCUGGAUCUGGCACUUAACAUGAAGGGGGUCUCGCUAAGACGCUACUCCCCACUCGGGCCUCUCUCGCCAGCCAAUUCCCUUGCGACUGCUGCCCCGCCCCACCCCCUGGGGAGCGUGCCCCCAUCAUCAUCAUCAUCAUCGGAAUGCGAUAGUGGCAGUGGGGCGGCGGAGAUGAGAUACAAAGAAAAACAGAAGAGGAGGAGGAGAAGGAAGAGGAGGGAGGGCAGCGACCCUUUGAGUCGGCAAAUGACACCUAUCUGACAAGCGACGCCUGCUAAACCGCCUGGCAACAAGUGUCCUUGAGGCCCACGACCCCUUAUGUCAAUUCUAACUGAUUGCAAACACCCAGGAGAUAAUAGGAAAAAAAAAAAAUCAAACAAUUGA